UUAGAUGAUCUCAUUAGAGUUUUACUUAGCUAAGCGAGAAAGUUCCACGAGCAAUCACGAACACGAAAAAUCAAAAUGAAAGUCUUCGUAAUUAUAUUUGCUGCCUUCGCGAUUGGAGCGCAAUGUCGUUCGCUUUCGAACACGAAAGACAUAGAAAAAGAAAGCGCAGCUUACGUAGAAGCGCAUCGAAGUGCGCGCGUACAUCGGGAUACGUCAAAGCAAGAUGCACCGAAUUGGAUAGAGAGUAUUGUAUCGCGUAACUCUUUGAAUUCAACAGGCGAGAGAAUUCCCGUAAACACGCUGGAACAAUUGAAAGAGCUAAUUGCAUCGUACGAAGACAAUUUUGGAAAGCUCGUAAACUUUGCCAUAAAAAUGAGCAAAAACAAGGAUAACAAUGAACGAGAGAUACAAUUUCUAAAACAGCUAAGCUCGCUAGUCGAACAACUUGUCCAAGAGCAAUCGAAGGUGAGAGAUAUGCACGCCGAACUUGACAACGAUACAGACUCUACUUUGCAGGCAUUAAGUAACAAUCCGAUGGUGAACGUUAAUAAUGUAAAAGAUUUAAUCGACACUAUGAAGGAGAUUGAUAUUGUCUAUCAGGAUGGGGAGAUUACUGAUGAGCACAUUCGAAUCAAACGAGCCGUUGACGGAUACAAAAGAGCCGCAAGUUUAGAGGAACGGAUGACUAAUAUGCUAAUUGAUAUUCAACGUCAAGUGGUGCAAAUUCGAAAAUAUUUAGACAAGUUAUGCAAAAAACAUCCAACGUCGAUGUCCAUUUUAGAAGUUAAUCCCGAUGAUGACAUUUUCCCCGUUGGUCAGACAAAUAAAGUAGAGAUUAUGUAAAACAAACGCGCUAAAAAAAUCAAUAUCAUUAUAUAUAUCAUUAUAUAAAAUUCUGAUAUAAUGUAUAAAUACCAACAAUUAAAUUUUAAUAUAUUUUCUUUCUGUGCUUGAAUAUUAUGAAUAAUCUAAUUAAUAACAGUAUCUUAAUAAAUGCACUUUGUAUUGCAUUAUAUUGACUGUAGAUAAUUAAUAAGCUAAUAAAAGAUAUGAACAAAAUGAAUAAACAUUUAUAAUAAAGUGCCUAAAUAAAAUA